UUUACCUCAAUAUCGUAAAUGUUCGUGCAUUUGUAUUUAGAGUACCACUGAUUCUCAACGGAUGAACAAUAUCUAGCUGAAUUUAUCCAGGAUUUUCAUUUCCGGUCGUCAUUUAGGAAUAAUUAACUGGCCAUCUUCUCGAAGGAAGGAAGGCUAGAGGGUCAUAUUAACCUCUGGAAAGGAAAUUUAACACCUUGACCCCAGUCUUCAAAUACGAUCACUCUAAAACUGCAACCAUUCGUUAUCUGCGGUCAUUUGAGGAUCACAUGCCAUGGUAUUUCUUGAGUUAAGAUCGAAUUACAACGCCAUGGAAAUUGGAGGUUGAAUCGAUUGUUAUUGCAGGACUCUUUUCGGUAAUGGUGUCAAAACUAAGGAACAUGAUGUCAUUCUAAAAUUGAUACCGUGUCAACGUCAUAUUAAAUCUGCUGUGUAGACAAGUGAGUUCAGAUUCCCAGAGGAUUUCAAAUGGAUGUGUUCUAUCCAGACACAUCGUUCUGUGAGGGGAUUAGGCUAAUCGAAAGUUUGCCUGGCGAGUCUAAGUCUACCAUGGCCUUGGAGGAGGAGGAAUUACUUCAGGAGGGUAUCCAAGAGUUACUCAAGUUACUUGCAUGUGUCAAGAAUAAUUCCAACGAAGCUGAAGUGGAGAACUGCAUGCAUUUGCUCGCAGACAGUUUGGAUGACGAAGUCGACAUAGACGCUGAGCUCCUUGUAAAGAAACAAGCUCACCUCACUGUGCUGGACGUAAUGCGUUCCCACGAAACAAGCCACAAAAUUCAACUUCAUACCUGUUUUGUACUACACAGGUUCGUGGAACUUAAUCCGCGUGUUCGAUCUGAGCUACAAGAAAGGCAAGCUCACAGAGAUAUUUUAAAAAUGAUGAAACAUCAUGGUGACAAAAUGUGUCAAGUUAUAGGCUGUAAAAUGUUGUCUGCACUGUGCACUUCCACAGGAAUGAGAAGCGAUGCUUUGGACAAACGCGCCGUAGAUUUUGUUGUUUCUGCUAUUAGCUAUUUCGGAGAGGAUGAAGAAUUUUAUAUUCCUGCUUUUGAAGCCCUAACACAAUUACUGAAAGACGAUCCGUCUGCACAAGAGAAUUUUGUUCACAAGGAGGAGAAAAAGCCUCCCCGAAAAAAGUAUCGCAUUGUUGUGGAAACUAUGGAGAAAUUCGCGAAGUCAGGAGAGAUCCAAGAGCAAGGUAUUCAGCUGAUGUGUGUUCUAGCAUCUUCAAACAAGAACUGCCAGGCUCUUGUACAUGGAAGAACAUUUAUGGUUGCCUUGGAAGCAAUGAAGAAACACUGUGAUUGUGGUGGAGUUCAAGCAGUGGGAUGCCGACUACUUGUACUUUUGGCAGCCUUGGAGCCUCACAGAGCAAUUCUAGUUCAGCAAAAUGUUGUUUUAAUGGUUAUUCUGAGGGCAUUACGACAGUUUAAGGAUUGCAUGGAGGUUCAGAAAAAUGGCUUGACUGCUUUGGCUCUCCUCACAGAAGAACUGGACAAUAAACUGCAAGAUGGAUUACAGGACUACAGGUGGACGCAUCAAGUAUUAAAUGCUAUGACAAGCCACUACGAUAAACCAGAGGUCUUAAUUGCGGCCUGUCAUGCUUUGCAAGAGUUGAUUGACUUCUGUCCCAAUGUCUUGACUGAAAUAGGAGAAGAAGCACAUGGCAAUGCCCUUCCUGUACACAAUUGUUGCAUGGCUGUCUUGAUGUUGCAUGCAGAUAACUUAGAGCUAUGUGAGUCAGCAUGUAGAGUUUUGGCAACCAUGGUCAGUAUGUCAAAUCCACUAAGGGAGUCUUUGAUGUCCAAAGGGUUGUACUUGAACAUUAUCCAUGCAAUGAAACAACACAAGAAAGAAUCAGGAGUGCAAAUGUGGGGCUGCAGAGGGCUGAGGGGAUUGUCUUUAUCUGGGUUUCAUAACAAAGAACUCAUGAUAAACUGUGGAGUUCUAGAGCUGAUCUUUGACUGCACUUGGAGAUUUAGGGAUAAGAUUGACGUCCAACAAGAAGCCAUAGCAUUGAUUGCAUGCUUAGCAACAGAUGUUGAGCUUGUUUUGCAUCAAAGUGCUAUUGAAGGGAUUCAUGGAACGAUUUUGAAUGCAAUGAACUCCUUCCCAGAUCAGAUUUCUCUUUGUGAGAUCUCAUUGGAAGCUUUGGGUGUGCUUUGUGCUGCUGAAGAAGUUCCACAUCUCCUCGUAACUUCAGAGUAUGGUGGUGUAAAAAUUAUUUUUGAUGCGAUGAUGAAACAUCUGAACGAACCAGCCAUACAACAAAAGGGGUGCAUUCUUAUUCAAGUGCUGGCUCCCUUGCUGUCUGAUGAACAUUGUCAAAUGGCAGUCUCUGCUGUCCUGGAGGCCAUGUGUGAGUACCAAGAAGACAGAGGUGUUCAAGCCGAAGGCUGUGUAGCCAUGCUUGUCAUUGCUCAAAUAGACGAGAAAAAGAGUUCAAUUUUGGUGAAUAACUGUGCUCACGAAAGACUUUUCUUCAUCUUGGAGCACUUUGUCGAAGAACCAGACCUUGUUUUCUUGGCCAGUGAAUGUAUUCGGUUUCUUGGUUGGGAACGCAACCUAAAAACACAGAUGCUGUUGUCAGCGUGUGCUGGUGGCCUUCUCAAAGGAGCCAACUGUCUGAUCAAGAAAGGAGCAGAUGUGAAUGCUGGUCAAGGCGAGAACACACCUCUUUGCUGUGCGUGCAAAAACGGUAAAGAAGAAAUGGUACAAUUUCUACUCACUCAGGGAAUCACAGACAUUCAGUGUGCUCUGAGGCUUUCUCUCGAGAUGGGACACAAUAACAUUGUAGGACUGCUUCUACAACAUCUCGGCCAUGACAAAGAGGCUGGUAUCAUAGCAUUUGGCAACCUCAAUCUGAGUGACUUGCGCCCAGAAUGGUUGUCGCCUUCACUAUCGGGCUUAAAGUAUUCUCCCCCAGCUCUUUGUGCUGGUUGGUCUGAGUUCAUCGACGAUGCCAAGAGAACAAUGGAACGAAGAGCUUCACUCAAUAGUCGCUUGAGACGAAAAGGGAGUGAUUUGAUGCUGAACAAGUCUCCCAAGGCCGAUUCAGUCUCUUUCGAUGGGAAUACCUCUUUCUCCUUUGAGUCAAUUGAUUAUUCCGAUUCAGACUCCGAACUUGAUUUUGAUGUCCCAGAGUUAAGCGAGAAUCCACCAUUGCGCGCACGUAGCAUUAGUGGAGCUUCCUUCCCUUACAGCUCGCAUGAUCCUCGCAUUGUGUCUCCCUUCUCCGACGAUAACUGCGUCAUAUUACCCAAGAGUCCGCGAAAAAUAUCAGUUGAAGAACCCACGCCCAAUCGCCAGCGUCCAGUGUUGACAAGACGUUCAGCUAGCGACGUAAAUCCCCCUCUGCGAAGUCCAAAAGACUAUUUUUCUCGCAGUUUGUCCGACCCUGAGCAGGCUGAUGCUAUAUCAGAAUCUGGAGACGAUGUACAGCAACCAGGAACGUUCAAAAUGCCAAAUGGAAGCUACGUGUACAGUUGGGACGUGCAGGAAAGCUAUAGGGAACGGAAUCUGAGUGCUCCUUUUCAGUUCGAAAGUGGAAAAUUAUCACAUUACGUAAUUAGUGAAAGACGUACCGGGAAAACGUUUGAAGAACGAAGAAAGCGAAGAGAGUCAAUCAGAGCCGUAUCUGCCAGCGCAACCGUGCUUUCUAUUGAUGCUUCCAGUAACAACAUUGUUAGCAUUGAUCCUCUGGCAGAUGCAUCCUCGCUAUUUCUCGCUCAUUUAGCAAAGGUUGAAAGGUUGGAUCUAAGUCAUAACCACCUGGAACGCUUUCCUCCUCCCCUCUGUGAUGCUAUGCCUGUUUUGAAAUACGUGAAUUUGAGUCAUAAUGAGUUUAAAGAUUUUCCCUUCUGCUUUGUCCAUGAGUCGAGCAGGGUGAAAGUACUGAACUUGUCGCACAACAAAAUCGAGAUGAAAUCUUAUCCUUCGCUCCGUGGAUCAAACAGUAUGAUGUUGGAAGACUUGAACUUGUCGUACAACGGAGAAACUUGCUUUCCUGAGAGGCUAGGGGAGCUAUUUCCUGGCUUAACAAGCUUGUAUGUGUCGGGCAAUAGCAUAAAGACGCUACCCGAUUGUUCUCUGAACCUGCCGCAGCUUAAAACACUGGACUUGUCAAAUAAUCAGCUGUCAGAGAUUCCGCCCGAAUUCUUUGCAGACAGUUCUGCUCUCGAAACUCUAUUGGCUUCAAGCAAUAUUCUCUCAGCAUUACCUGAGGCUGCUGCCCCAUCUUUGAAGAAUUUGAAAACAGUUCGGUUGAACAAAAACAAGCUAGGGGAAAUGUCAACAAAGAAACAGUUUUCGAUUUGUCGAUUUUUUCUUAAACUUCCCAAUUUGAAGAUUUUGGACCUUUCCAGCAACAAUCUUGAAGACAUCCCAGCUCCCAUUGCUUGGUCCACCCGGCAAUUGAAAGAACUUGUGCUGGCUGACAACAAGAUUAGGAAGUUGUCGCUGGAGGGUGUUGAGAAUUGGUCAUAUCUUGAAAGACUGAUCUUGAGUGACAAUUGUUUAAAGCAAGUACCUGAUGGAAUCGGUGAAUUGACAUCCUUGACUUCGCUCGAUUUGAGUCGAAAUACCGGCAUCACGCAUCUGCCGGAUGAAAUGGGAAGAUUAUCCAAUCUGUGGGAUUUGCAGCUGUUUGAUCUUAAGCUUGAUCUUAAUUCAGGUAUUCUGGAAAGCAGAGCUCAAGAGCUCAUUGGGUUCUUGCACUCCAAGCUUAAGAACUCAGUACCAUAUUACCGCAUGAAGCUAGUAGUUGUUGGACAGGCAGGACGAGGAAAGACAGCCUUGCUUAGCCUGUUACGAGAACGCAGUGCUACAGGUCCACAUCACGAUGUCAUGAUGGGGGAAUGGUGCGUGAGAGAUCCCAAAGCUGAGUGCAAGGAGUGUCAUCGCAAAAGUGUGGAUUAUGUCUUCAGCACAUGGGAUCUUAGGGGUCGGGAUGACUUAUACAGCGCCUAUCAGUGCCUUCUGUCGUCAAGGACUUUGUUUCUUGUUGUUUUUGAUGUUAGCAAAGGAACGGGUGAGAUUGAUGCUCUUAAGCCCUGGUUGCUCAACAUACAUGCUUGUGCACCUGAGGCAUCGGUCAUGCUCGUUGGUACUCACAAGGACAAGGUACCGAAGGAUCGAGAAACGGAGGUAUUCCAAGCGGUUACAGAAAGAGCCCUUAGUAUGUGUGCUGGUGCUGGCUUUCCUCAGAUCAAAAGCAUCGUGGUGUUGGACUGCACUAAAGACACACCAGGAAUUAAGUCUCUCCGUACGAAUAUCGUGCAACUUAUAACAAAAUCUACGUGCAAAGGUUCUUCUUUGAUUGGUCCUACAGUGCCUCAGAACUUCGUGAAGCUGCAGGAUUUGGUACAGCGUUACAUCCGUACCGGAGACGCGCGAAGAAUUUUGACAAUGGCUAACAUCCGGAAACUCAUUCAAGACAGCGAAAUACGCACGGAUGAUGCUGAGAUCGAACAAGCUAUCAAGUUCUUAAGUGAAGCAGGAGUGCUCAUUCAUAUUGAUGAUCCAGCUUGCCGGUUGAAUGAUCUCCUCUUUGUUGUUCCCGUGUGGGUUUACCAGCUGUUAGCCCACGUGGUUACACAAAAGGAUGUCGAAAGUGUCGAUGGGAUCAUUAGAUUGGCGGAGCUUGAGAAUCUAGUUCGAGAGGGAAGUGGUGAAGUGAACGUGACGUCUGAUCUCAUGCCUCAGAUACUUAAGCUUCUUGAACAUUACUGGAUCGCUCUUCCUCUCAGAGAUGACAGAUACAUUUUGCCAUCCUUGCUGAGCAAUAAACAACCAUCGCUCAAAAUUCCUCAUUUUGAGGGAAUCGUCCUCGUUAGUCGCUUGUACAAAAUGGCCUAUGUACCUCCAAGUUUCUGGCCGCGGCUUCUUACCAGGGUCCAGACGUUUGUUGUGAAUUUGUAUAUGGACCACAGAGUGCGAAUGGAAAGCCCUCGUGAACCUCAAGUGACACAAUGGAAUUCAGGAGUUUAUUUAUACUGGGCAGACCAAGCAUUCUGUUUGAUCUGUCAAGAUUUGACCAGUCCCCACAGAGACACCGUGAUGAUCACAGCGCCGAGCACAACGCACGGAGCCAGAAUCCUUGCCCAUGUGGUGGAUCAUUUGGACACUCUAUUAGAGGAAUGGUUCCCUGACUUGUGUAAAUUGGAUCCUGAAGGCUCACCACUUGUCCAAAAGGAGGCUGUGUGCCCUGUGUGCAAGGGCGAGAAGGCCCACGAAUUUUCACUCAACGCUAUAGCACAAGCGAGUGAAAAUGAGUACGUCAUGUGCCCCAACACAAAAUUGCUGGUUGCCUUGGGCCAGAUAGCUCCCGAUGUUGUGAUGGAGGAUAUCGGCGAUCAGUACAGGAUUGAUGGAAGUAAACUGGAGUUGGACAUUAAGCGAGCUAGGCUUCUUGGUGAUGGCGCAUUUGGAAAUGUCUACAGAGCUCGUUAUAACGGCAAGCCUGUCGCUGCUAAGGUGUUUCAUCCUAGUAGUGAGAACAAUCCUCAUACGUUACUUCGUCAAGAACUGAUUUUCUUACGUAAGCUUCACCAUUUGAGCAUCAUUACUAUGGUGGGGGUUUGCAUGAAGCCAUGGUCCUUAAUAAUGGAGAUAGCGCCUAUGGGAUGUCUGGGUUCACUUCUGAGCAACGGGCAGGCACUUAGCAGAGGAAUUCAGCACAGAAUUGCACUACAGGUAGCCGAAGGUUUGGUGUUUUUGCAUCAUCACAUGAUCGUGUACCGUGAUUUAAAGCCGAACAACAUCCUCAUCUUCUCGCUGUCCGUUGCAAAUUUGAUCAACGCUAAGAUAUGUGAUUAUGGGGUCGCUCGAUACGCAACACGGUGCGGAUUAACUGCCUCUGAAGGGACGCCUGGUUACCGAGCACCCGAAAUUGCCCGAGGUGACGUCACUUACAACUUGGAAGCCGAUUUGUACUCGUUUGGAAUGUUCCUUUACGAGCUUGUAACCGGAGGAACCAAACCAUUUGAAGACUUGCGCUUCCGGCACGAGCUGGAUGCGGCCGUGUUGAAGGGUCGAGCAUUGGAUCCUAUCACGGCAUCUCACUGCCCUCCAUGGCCUGAUUUUGCAGACCUUAUUGCGCAUGCCCUGGAGCCUUCGCCAAGUAGGCGAGUUACAGCUGUUCAGGCCUACUCACGUCUGUGUGACCCCGAGCUGAUCUGUCUAAAACGUGACAUAGCGGUGUCUAAGGGAAAGGCGGUAGAGUGCAUGACCAUCCGUCACUUUACCGAAAAUAACACGCCCAAACUGGAGGUGUGGGUAGGUGGUGGACAGUCAGAUGACCUCAGUGGCCAGGUGACCAUUAUCGACCUCUCUGAAAAGGGUGUAGAGGGCUGCACAGGUACUUUGAUUCAAGACAAACGGGUUAUGAGCAUCCUAGCAGUGGAUAGCGACACUGUUCUGGCUGGAACUCAGUCCGGAAAGAUAUGGGUGUUCAACGCCUGGGACCAUAAGCGCCUGUUCUCCCAGCCUCAGUUGCCUCAUGCCAUUCUCUGCCUUAAACCAUACAAAGACGACAAAGUGAAUGUAGUGUUGGCGGGACUCAGUAAUGGUCAGCUAGCUGUGUAUAACAGCUGUAGUUUAAGAGUAGAAGACACCAGUCCAACAUAUUUUGACCUAUGUUACAGCAAAAUCCUCAAAGGUACGUCCUGUGGAGACUGCGUAACUCAUCCUGUCGCCUGUAUGGCUGUUGGCAAGAGGAGGUUGUUUUGCGGAUGCGGUAAUGAAGUAGUGGUGCUCAAAGUCAAAGAGAACGGAGAGGCAAAGGUGAAUGAAGGAGACAGCAGCAAGGUAAUUAUCGACAUUGAGCGCCGGUGGGCCGCCGAAAACAGGGCUAAGGGUCUCGUGUUAAACAUCGCCGUGGGCGCGUCGUUCGUUUGGAUCUCAACUCGGGAUAGUCCAGUGGUGGAAUGCUGGAAUUUCUUCAAGGCUAAGUUUCUUGGCUCCGUUGACUGUUUGACAAUUCUCAGAGACGCUGGGUUUACAGGCAACUUACGGGAAACACGAGUGCUUAGUCUUCUUCUUUCGCACAAGACGCUCUGGGUUGGGCUGGGCACUGGUCACGUGGUUCUCGUAGACCCUUCGACGCGGAAGCCUCUGAAGUUGAUCCACCGUCACGUGUCCGCAGUACGCUGUCUCGCGGACACGCAUAGCUCCUCAUCUCCUAAAUCGGCGUCGUUGGUGUUGACAGGAGGAAUGGGGUUCAUUGAGAGACAUGGCUGUGAGUGGAAGAAAGCUAUUUCAGAUUUUGGAUACACGCUCGUUUGGGAGGCAGAUUUUAUGGAACAGGCCAAACAUCUGGAAGAUCACAUCCGUCGAAGGCGCGAACUUUCAAAUACUCUCGUGGAAUAAAAGACAAUGUUUGUGAAAUAAUGCGCGUGGCUUGCGCUCGAUGUGUCAAGGGACGAGUGAUUUAGAUCGGCACACACGAGUGGAAGGUCACACGUGCGCGAUUUACUCGCGUUCUUCCGAAAAUAGUUAAAAUCUUAGAAAUGUUGAAAAUAAUGGCUUAUGUUAUCACCGUUCAAUCCGAAAAGGUUAGCUACAUCUCGAUAUACGAAGUUUAGGCGACGUGUAAAAUUAAGUAGAAUUUUAAAAAAUUAUAGUAUAGAAUAAAAUUGAGUAAAACAGAAAAUAUACGAUAAUAGGGAAAACACCGAAAUUGAUAAACUAAAUUCAAGAACAAAGUGAAAGGCGAUUUCAAUCUGGCUAAACGUUUGUAGCUGUGUCACUUAUUCAGAAAGGUAGAGAACCUCAGUGUCUCUCGUUAUCGCAGUUGGGUGGGUACAUGAUUUUUACAAGGUUACAACGGGUGGAAAGUUCUGUCACAAGAUCAUUGCCAGAAGUCUUGUAGAGAACAUUAUGUUGUAUUUUUAGGCUUUUUAAACUUUUUUGUGCAUGUUGGGUUUGCUUACAUGCAAAUUACCAUUCUUCUUUUAAAUAAAUAGUGAGAAAAUAGUGCAAGCUGGACUUUAUGAUUUUCUUUUAAGUUGUUGAUAGAUGAUUCGUUUUCAUCCUGUUCUACAUCAGUUCAAUCAUGGCUCUCAUAGCUUUUUGGGUUGUGUGCUCUUUAAUUUUAAAAAGCUUGUAACAGACUAUAUGAUUGUAAAAUGGUUAUUUGUACCUAACAGAGAACUCUUUAAAAUGGUACCAGAUAUAUUUUAAACAUUGAGUAAUAGAAAAUAAAAGAAAGUU